CCGCGCCCAUAAGCGCGUGCGCGGAGCGGCGGGACGGGCAGGCAUGGCGUUCCGGCAGGCGCUGCAGCUGGCGGCCUGUGGCCUGGCGGGCGGCUCGGCCGCCGUGCUCUUCUCGGCCGUGGCGGUGGGGAAGCCCCGCGGGGGCGGGGACGCGGAGCCGCGCGUGGUCGAGCCGCCGGCGUGGGCGGGAGCCGCGCAUCCCGGGCCCGGCGUCUGGAACCCCAACUGGGACAGGCGAGAACCGCUCUCCCUGGUCAACCUUCGGAAGAGGCACUCGGGCUCUGGAGACGAGGACUUGGCGUCCAGGAUCGACAACUACAAAGCCAAGGCCACGCGGCACAUCUUCCUCAUCAGGCACUCCCAGUACCACACGGACGCCCCCCGGGAAAAGGACCGCACCCUGACACCCCUGGGUCGUGAACAGGCUGAGCUCACUGGUCUCCGACUUGCAAGCUUGGGGUUGAAGUUUAACAAAAUCGUCCAUUCCUCCAUGACCCGCGCAGUAGAAACCACCGACAUCAUCAGCAAACACCUGCCAGGUGUCUCCACGGUCAGCACUGACCUGCUGAGGGAAGGCGCCCCCAUCGAGCCUGACCCGCCCGUGUCUCACUGGAAGCCGGAAGCUGUGCAGUAUUAUGAAGACGGAGCCAGGAUCGAGGCCGCCUUCCGGAACUACAUCCACCGGGCAGAUGUCAAGCAGCAGGAGGACAGUUACGAGAUCUUCAUAUGCCAUGCCAACGUCAUCCGCUACAUCGUGUGCAGGGCACUGCAGUUCCCUCCAGAAGGCUGGCUCCGCCUCUCCCUCAACAAUGGCAGCAUCACCCACCUGGUGGUCCGGCCUGACGGCUGUGUGGCACUCAGGGCCCUCGGGGACACAGGGUUCAUGCCUCCAGACAAGAUCUCCCGCUCCUGAGCCCCGCUCUCCUCACCCGUGCCCGGCUCUGGCAUGGGAGCCGCCAAGAACACGGGCGAGACCGUGCCUCCGUCCACUCCACAGGCUGCGCUGGGUCACCUCAUUUCUCUAGGACCAGGCGGAGGCAGGGUGAGGUGUCUCAACCGCCGCGUCAUUCUGGCCCAGGAUGGAAAGGGGAACGUGCUGGUCCUUUGGCGAGGUUUCCUGCCCUAGUCUCACCCCAGGAGCCUGUGGGGCGAAGGCCUCCUCACAGGUGUCACCGUGGGGACCACAGCACCUGCGGCGGCCACACGACCCCUUGAGGCACUCAGCAAAGCCCACCGGCACCAGGGACUUGGCGAGCCCAGCAUUCCCAUCCAUAACUUAUUUCGCUUUGUACAUUCUUCACAUUCUUAAACCCUUUCGUCACUUUGUCAAAUAAAGAUUUUUCCAUCUGGUUCUUGGGUUGAGAACCAAUGUCUCACUCCACAGUCUUGCAUCCCUGAUGCUGUUGGGUGUGAACACACCUGUGUUAUUAGGCCUCUGGACACAGGAGCACCUGGGCAGGUGAGAGGGGAUGCCACCUGCUGGUUUCACAGGAGAGGGGCCAGGUGGGGAUAGCCAGAAGGGUCCUGUUUAAGUAAAAUAGCUAGCUGACAGCUCAUUCUGUUUGCCUCUGGCUGUUAAACUUUCAUGCUUACGGAUUAAAAUAUUUGAACAAUGAUGUGUCCAUCCCAAAUAUUUACAAAAAUGGUGUAAUUUCUAUGAAGUGGUUAUGAACAUUUUCUGCAGUGCAACUAAAUCGGAUGUCUGAUCCAUGUCUGUCAACUUUGGAAAUAACUACAAAAUAAAACUUUAUUUUACUGGUU